AUGGCGGAGAAAGAGGCAGCCAAACAGUCAGAAGAACAACUGAUUCGCCGCCGGCAGGAGCUUGACUUCUUUAAGAAAAAUGCAGAACGACUCCGCAGACGGAACCUGCUAACCGGCCUCUGUAUCGGAGCGUUUGUGGUAGGCAUGUUUAGCUACACCAUCUUGUCCGUCAAACAGGAAAGAAUCGUAGAGGAACUGGACGAAGAAGCCAGAAUUCACAUCAUCAGAGGGCCAAGGACUGGUGCCAACUCCUGA